GCUUUUAACUGUCGGACGAUCAAAUAUUUAGACAAUAAUUUCAACUCAUUACAAACAAUCGUCAUGUUCAACAGACGGGUCGCUAGAAAGCCUGGCACAAACAGAUUCUCCAUUCCGGAUCGUUCCGCUAUCUCCAAUCGCACUUCUUUGAAUGCUGCUACACCAACGGAAGAUCUUACUAUUAUCAACAAGGAUCAAGAAGCCAAUAUAAACUAUCUCAAUCUUCGUCUUGAGAAGAUGGAGCAGAAAUUUAAGACUAUCGAAGGUAUCUUGACUAGGGUCAGUGCUAUUGACCAUACCGUCGAAUACGUCGGAAAUGAGUCAACACCACCGGCAGAUGGAGAUAUAAAUGUUGCCCAAAAACAUCAAAAGUCUGAGGUUUCUCUUAAGAAGCAAGAGAAUAUGUAUCGUGCCCUUGGAAUCAAACCUCCUGCAAGUAGCGUCUAGGGCUUAGAAGGCGCGGUACAAAGGACGUGUUAUGGGGAAAGGCAUCGUGUAGAGGAAUUCGAAACAGGGUCAACUAGAAUUUAUAGCAACAUGGACUUGUUGAAGUAUCUACCAGUAAAGUCUUGCGUGGGUACUACUGCUGUUUUGAAAUUGAGGAGGGAAUAGCAUCUUACA